AUGAAGAAAAAUACUCUGGUUAAACCAGCUCAAAAAAAACAGCUGUUGACCAUCAAGACGUACCAAGAGCUUACAAGAAAGUAUGAUGAAAGUGGCCGUACCAGACCAAACAGAACAAGACAGCGUUUAAAGUUUUACAGCCACAUAAGCAUGAACACAAACAACUCCUGUUUCAUCGAUGCCACGUUUGAGCUUCAUUGGAACUGUGUAUUCCCCGCCAUCGACUUCUCUGGAUUGGAUGUUGAGUCGGACAACAUUUUUGAUCAGGUGCUUAUCAGCAGUUAUCAGAAGUACAUUGAACCGCAGUUCACAGACGUUAUAGAUAGUAAGCAUUGCUUAACCCCAGAGGUCUCGUCGAAGGCUAGAGAGUUUAUCUGGGCCAUUCCAAAGACGAAAGGAACUGGAUUUCAGUACCCUCGGGGUGAAUGCAGUGAUUGCCUGGAGGUUCUAAAUCUGAUGAUGACAAGAUCUUCUCCGGAAUUCCAAGAGAAGGUGUCAAACUUUCCAAUAGGUUUGACAUUGAGGUCCCAUAUUUGUUCUGUGAACCCAAACCACGGCUUUGUAGAUCCUAGCUGUGAGUUCUCACCUUUGUUUGAAAUAGGUUUGGAGAUGCGUUCUUGGAUUUCUGCAAAGAAAACAUUUGCCAGUCAAGCCGAUUUGGACCAGGAGUUUAGCAACGUUUUUAAAUACAUACACAUCAUUAGAGAGAUGAAGCAUGCGUGUAGACAAAUGGAAGGUGGGGAAAGGUGCCUUGGCACCAUAACAUCCCAAAAUUCUGUAAGCCUUGUAGAUUUCGCUGCCUUCCUUUUUAUUGGAAACGCAAGAGGUCAUGGGAUAGACGAAGAUGGGAUUUACUUCCCUCAUACUUUUACCAUGUCGGAAAGUAUCAAGUAUGAGAUAUAA